ACUCAGGAGACCCAAGUGCCCUCCCGUGGGCUCCGGGGAGAGCAGAACCCACGCGGGACCCACCAGCACCUUUCUUGUGUCCUCAGAGUUGGCAGCUGCCUCCAUCCCCGGGCUCGUUCCUCAGCCCAAGAGUGGAUUUAUCAUUUUAUGAAGGACUAAAAGUGCUCUCGGGGGAUUUUUGGUUGGAUUUGGGAUAUUUAUUUUUUUUUUGGCUUUUUUUCCUUCCCCUCGGAGAACUGCUUAGGCAAAAAAAAAAUAUAAUUUAAAAACAAAAUCAUCUCAUGGGGCAGCCACACUUCUCCCGACCGGUAAAUCCUGCUGCUUCGGCAGAAGAGUUUGAUCGUCACCUCCCAUCUGAUGCCACCAUGGGGGUAGAUGUGUUGGAAUCGGGUGACACCACACCUCCCACCAAGAGGAAAAGCAAGUUCUCUGGCUUUGGCAAGAUCUUCAAACCUUGGAAGUGGAGGAAAAAGAAAAGCAGUGACAAAUUUAAGGAGACUUCAGAAGUUUUAGAACGAAAGAUUUCUAUGCGAAAGCCAAGAGAGGAGCUGGUAAAAAGAGGGGUUCUGUUGGAAGACCCUGAGCAGGAUGGGGAAGACUCAGACAAGCUGAACCCACCUGCCCUGAAGAAUGGCCACACAGUCCCCAUCGGUGGGCCUGGGGUUGGUAACCUGGCCAGCCAGGAGGAGGAUGCCACAAAGCCAUCCAGCCUUAGGAAGCCUGUUCCAGCUGAGGAACCAAAGAACAGGCAGGGCUCCUCCAGCAGCCACUCUGGGCCUGAACUGGAACCACCUCAGGAUCUGUAUGUCCCCAGACAGCCUCUGCUUCCUCCCAAAAGACCUCCCCCAACUUCCCAGGAGGGAACCGAAGCUCCGGCAAAGGACCCGACGCCCUCCUGCAGCACUGCAAAAACUGCUCCCUCCUCCACAGCCCCUGUGGUGACAAAGACAGUGACAAAUCCCACUGCUGCCCCUUCCCCAGCCCCCAGGACUCUGCCCCCUGCUCUCGCCAGUGCCAACACUACUGCUCCCACGAGUACAACCAGCACAGCCCCUGCCAAGCAGCCUCCUGUCCCUCCUCCCAAACCUGUCAACAGGAACAGCACCUCAGUAAUAGCUGAACUUUCUCAAGCAAUAACCAGUGGUACAACCUUGUCCAAGCCUUCCCCUCCUCUCCCCCCAAAAAGAGGCCUCCUGCCUAACACCACCCCAGAUGCAGCCCUCCCUUCCAAACCCCCCAGUGACAGGACAGUGCCAGCACCCCGCCCUGCCCUGCUGCCCAUGCACAUCACCUCUGUGUACCCCCCUCCUUCCCCCUCCCCACCACUGCCCACCCACAUCCCCCCUGAACCUCCACGCAUGCCCCUGCCUCUCUCCACCCCUGUCCUGGACCCUCCACGCUCCUUGGACCUACCCAAAGAGACUCCUCCUCCUCCUCCUGAAGAUUUCAAGUCCUUGGAAGUGUCCAAGAGGACAGCAGAGCAAGGAUUUGGGGACCCUCCCCUGCUGCCUCGUCUGCCCCAGCUCCCACUGCACAUCCGUAUCCAGCAGGCUCUGGCCAGUCCCCUGCCUGUCACCCCCCCUCCUGAGGGCUCACACAGGGCUCACUCCUUGCUCUUUGAGAACGAUGGCUUUGGAGAAGACAACAACACCCUGGGCAGGACAAGGUCCCUGCCUGUCACCAUCGAGAUGCUCAAAGUUCCAGACGAUGAGGAAGAAGAUGACCAGGAAGAGGAGCAGAAUCCAGGCCCUCGUGUGUACAUUGGAGAUGUGCCAUCUGUCACAAUCAUCCCCAAACUGGUACCCCAGGUCCUGCCAGAGGAGCAGGAAGGAGAUGAAGGGAUGAGUGACUCUGACUCGGAGGGGCCCAUCCUGUACAAAGAUGAGGAAGAUGAGGAAGAAGAUGAAAGCCAUAACAGCACGCUGGCUAACAAGGUGAAGAGGAAAGACACCUUAGCCAUAAAGCUGGGGAACACAACCAUAGCCCAGGAGGAGAAGGUUGUUUUCCCACGGAAGAGCAAGGAGGAGUGGAACGAAAUCCGGCAGCAGAUCGGGACAACGCUGAUCAGGAGGCUGAGUCAGAGACCCACAGCAGAAGAGCUGGAGCAGAGGAACAUCCUGCAACCAAAAAAUGAAGCUGACCGCCAAGCUGAGAAGCGUGAGAUCAAACGCAGGCUCACCAGGAAGCUGAGCCAAAGGCCUACAGUGGCUGAGCUGCAGGCCAGGAAGAUCCUGAGGUUCAAUGAAUACGUGGAGGUAACGGAUGCUCAAGACUAUGACAGACGAGCAGAUAAACCAUGGACAAAGCUCACACCAGCUGACAAGGCUGCCAUCCGCAAGGAGCUGAACGAGUUCAAGAGCUGUGAAAUGGAAGUCCACGAGGACAGCAAACAGUUCACCAGGUACCAUCGACCAUAAUCUUCCAAGAGAAGGGAGCAAGAGACCUGAGAGGACUGGAAGUUCUCUGCAUCCCUCUCCGAGGCAAUACAGCGAGGGUGGAACCUCAGCUCUUCCAAGAUUUGCCUUCAAAACACACCCAGAAAAGGGCUUUUUGGGCAGGGAAGAAGGGGGAUCCUGUCUGAAUGUAGCAUUUCACUGGAACAAACACAUCUCGAGUGCCAUCAGGCUGGAACUGAACACUGUACCUCAGAGUGUGGCUCAGCAACCCCCUCUGCCCAGCACCAGGAGAUGUGGGGAUGAAGGAUUCCUCCUUCCCAACUCCCUUUUCCUUUCUUGGACAGCCCCAAUUCUCAGCUGUACAUACUCCUAUUUUAUUUUUUUUUUAUUUUUAGGGGUGGGAGGGUGUGCACAACUCCUUCAUUCCCUCCUCCUUACCAAGAGGAGGGGGAAAAAAAAAAAACCAACAAACAGCAGCUCUGGUGCUGGAAAGCUGAGAGGUGGAGAGUGGAAGCUCGUGUGUAUAUUACCUGUGUACAGAUAACCUGCACAGAUCCUGACCUGGCAGACAACUGACAUGUGACUUGUUAUUUUCUUUAUUUUUAUUUUUGGUUUUGCUUGCCUCUCUGUCAUGUCCUUAAUGUCCUGAAUCACUACUGACCAACGGUUUGUUUGUCCUGGAAGGGAAUUGUAUAGAUAUUAAUGUAUGCUGCAUCUUUUUUUUUUUAAAAAAAAAACACAAAAACCCAACCAAAACCAGCCCCACAAAUGGAUCAAACAUUCCCUCCCCACUCUCUCUCACAGUUGCUGUGAUGUUAACAGAUCUUGAGACAUCUGGGUUUGGUUAACGAAUUAUACAACCAGGAAAUUACUUGCCUUUUUUCUUAAAAAAAAAACAAAACCUUUUUAAUUUGGGGAAGCUGUGAGAGUUGUCAUUUGUGGCUUUUUGUGGCUUCCUCUCAGAUGUUUUUUUUACUCUCCCAAAUCAGGGUGAAACUUGCCUUUUUUUUUUUUUUCAUUUUUACAGCUAAACCUACUGGAAACUUGAUCAUUUCACUGUGUUGGGUUGAAGGGAAGAAGAGCUUUAAAAAGUGACCUUAAGAUCUUCUUUCUCUUCUGAGAAUUAUCUCAUUGGCUCUUCCUAAAUGUGAGGGGGGGUUUUAUUAAAAACCUAAACCUAAAAAGGUUUAGGUUUUAUUAAAAACCCUAAACCUGGUUAUUGCCACUGCUGUGUCCUGCACAAAAACCCAACCCAGGGGUGAGACGCCACUUGAGGUGAAGGAGGUGGCAGGAGGAGGGGGUGGGAAUGCCAAGAAGGAUUUUCCUUGUUCCCCAGCCUGUCUCUGGUGUAUUAUUUUUUGGGGGGGUCCUGGCAGAGCCCCCCGGGCCCUUCGUGCUGUGCCAACACCGGGACCUUGGUCCCCCCUGGAGCUGCCAUGGCCGGGGGGGAAAGGGAGGAGGGUGGGUGGGGGGGGUCCCUUCCCUCACAGCUUCCCCUGUACAGACUUCAAGCGUUGUAAAUCAGUCUCCUCAUCGAGAGAUUUUAAUUAUUGAAUAAAAAGUAUUUUAGGACUUUUUUUUUAAAAAAAAAAC